CUGGGCGGGCGGCCCCGUCAGGCGGAGCGGAGGGGCGCUCGGUCACGGCGAGCGGGAUGGCGGCGGCGGGCGGUGCGGCCGCGGAGCCGGAGCCGGAGCCGCCUCGGCGGGGCCCGACGGAGGGCGAGGAGGCGGCGGCGGCCGAGCUGGCGGCCGAGCUGGCGGCACGGCGCAGCGCGGAGGCGCGGCGGCUGGUGCUGUCGCCGCGACGGCUGUGGGGCCCGCUGCCCGCCGGGCUGUCGCAAUGGUUCCCGGCGCUGGAGGUGCUGGACGUGAGCGGGACGGGGCUGGCGGAGCUGGGCGAGGAGCUGCUGGCCCUGCCGCGCCUGCACACGUUGCUGGCCAAGAACAACCGGCUGGGCGGGCCCGGCUCGCUGCCCAAGGCGCUGGGGCAGGCCCCGCUCAGCCGCUCCCUGCGCGUCCUCAACCUCAGCGGCAACCGCUUCGCCGAGCUGCCGCCCGCCCUGCUGGGCCUCCGCGGGCUGCAGAGCCUCAGCCUCGGCGGCAACCGCCUGCACGGCAUCCCGCCCGACAUCCAGGAGCUCCGCAGUUUGGAGUUUCUGUACCUUGGAGGGAAUUUCAUUACUUCAAUUCCACCUGAGUUAGCAAACCUGCCUUCUCUAAGCUCUCUAGUGCUAUGUGACAACAAGAUUCAGAGCAUUCCACCUCAGCUGGCACAGCUGCAUUCCCUGCGUUCCCUCAGCCUGCACAAUAACCUCCUGACUUACCUCCCUCGAGAGAUUCUUAACCUGGUUCACCUGGAGGAGCUGAGUUUGCGAGGGAACCCGCUGGUGGUUCGCUUCGUCCGCGACCUGACCUAUAACCCCCCAAGCCUUCAGGAGCUGGCAGGACGCACAAUUAAAACUCGCAAUGUUCCCUACGCUCCCAGUGAUCUCCCAGAGAAUCUUGUCCGCUACCUGAGCUUGGCCAGCAACUGUCCCAACCCCAAAUGUGGGGGUGUCUACUUUGACAGCUGUGUCAGACAAAUCAAGUUUGUUGACUUCUGUGGGAAGUACCGCAUCCCGCUGAUGCACUACCUGUGCUCCCCAGAGUGCUCCUCGCCCUGCAGCUCUGCCUCCCAGAGCUCCACUUCCCAGAGUGAGUCUGACUCCGAGGACGAAGCCAGCGUUGCUGCACGCAGGAUGCAGAAAGUCCUUCUGGGAUAACAGAGAACAAAACAGGAAGACCGGAAGGAAAAGUGUUUGAAAAGUAGUAACGGAACAGCAAAGCACGAGCCCUCGGCUGGAGGGGCUCACAAGAAACUUUCCUCAAGUCCUUGUAGAGGGCAGAGCACCUUAGCAAGCCUCACCUUGCUUGCUGCAGCGCUACUUAGGAGAACUAACUCAGUGGAUACUGCCUGUAGGGUACCUGGGGUUGUUAGAGAUGUCUGCUGUCUGGGUGACCCCCUCGUGCGGGCUGGGGAGGGGCUUUGUCCUGACCGGCAGGUCAAGAAGCGUUUAAUAUGUGACACUUCACAGGACUUCAGUCAUCCUGCAGAGCAAAGGAGGCUGGCCAGAUCUUUGAACACUGUGGUAAAUCAGGAACGGGCUAAUGAUGCCACAUGGGUAUGCAUGGAUCCCAGUGCUUCAUAUAGCAGUUUGAUUCUUUAUUGUCUCCUUCGAUUUCAGAUACAGAUCUUGAACCCAUCCACAAAAUAUGGGAGCUGGUUUUUGUUGUUGUUCAGGAGUAGAUUGUCCAAACUCUGGUUACUGCUCCUUUGCCUGGAGACGCAGGGUCUCUGUGCUGCUGCAGACAUUACAGCCAUAGAACUGAGCCGUCCUUUUUUUCUCCUUCAUUACACCAGGCUGCCCUUAGUGCUUCCUCCUAACAGUAUUCAUUUUUUUCCCCCUUCUGCCUCUUCCCAUUACACUUGGAGUGCUGCUUUUUUCCGAUGCUUUCAGAAGAUGGAUCAGUUGUUCUGUUGAGACUUGAUAUUAUCUCGGACCUGUGGCCACGUGUGCCUGUGCAUGGGACCAGAUGUGAUGCUCUCUAGCUUGGGUCUCAGCUUGCUGAAGCAAAUCUACUUUUAUAUCUCAAUUGCAGGAAAGGUCUUAAUUGACGUUUCCUGUCCUUAAGCAACCUUGUUCUUGUGCUGCAGCAGCUAGCUCUCCUAUGCUUGCUGCGGGGCUACCAUCUAUCUUUAAGCUCAUCUAUUUAAAGCAGAGAGCACCUUUGUGAAUUGGAAGUGCUGAGAGGCGUGCUGCAGAGAACGGUUUUUUGGAUUUAUUUUUUUUCUUAACACAGGAAAAGCCAGGAAGAAAAACAUAACGCACCUUGUCUGAGCAUCUUGCUGGGGCUGGUUUUGAAGCCCCUUCCUUAUUUGCGUUUGCUCUUGCUGUGGUAGAGGUGGCAGUGUGUUGAACUGUUCAAGUAACGCAUUCACUUAAGCUGUGUUCAGAGGAAAGGCACAGAAAAAUGUUCAGAAUUCUGAAGUAUAACACCUGUUGGUGUUUAGCUUAGUGAGAGCUGCCCGUCUCAGUACUUCCAGCAGACAGUCCUUUUGUUGCAGUCUCAGUACAGCAAAUCCAGCUGUGCCUUUGAACGCAUGAGCAGAGCAAAUAUUUCAUGUUAAGAAGCAAAAUGAACAAGCAUAACUUUACUUAACCCACUUUGGUCCUAAGGGGGUAAUUAAAAACCUGUGCUUCUCUCUCGCGUUUGGAAAACACAUGUGCCUGUUAGGAUAUCUUAUGGCAGCUCUGUGUUAAUGGUCCUGUUUAAUUAUGCUCGACACUUUAUUAAAGCACUUUGAUAAUUCUACUCUUUGUAACUAGCUUUAGUGAUUUAUUUUUUUGUAAGCUAGAAUUUUCCUUUUAAUGCAACCUGACAAACAAGGUCUGUGAAACUUUAUACAUUCCAGUCUGUCUCAUUGUGCAGGUUUAACUUCUUGUCUUGCACUUCCUCGACAGUACUGACUGCUUCCCUGGUUUCCUUUGCAGAGAACUUGAAUUUAGAAGAAAUUAUCUGCUUAUUAACUAUUGCAACUUACUCUAAAUCCUGCAACCAGCAAGUAUAUGAGGAAUUGAAUCACGCAUGCUCUGUGCCUUUCCCAGUCAUUCUCACAAGUGUAUUUCUAAGACAGGUGCGUGUGCAAAGCAACUGGAUAUCACUUUAGGAAAUUGUGUGAGGUUUGCUUAGGAAGAAAAACCCACAGUUUUGACAAGAAAACAACUGCAUGCUGUCAUUGAAAUAGGGAUCGGUGAGUGGCCGAUGUCUCCUUCAUCUCUUCUUUCAGAUGCUUCUUCCUGUCCUGAUUAAAUCUUGUCAUAUGAAUGCUAAAGGACAGUAAGCUGACUGCAGAGCCACAGUUUUAAGCAUACUGCUGAUUUUAACAGUAGGGAGUAACUGCGUGAUCUGGAGCGUGGCUUUUUUGCCAGUUAAAGUGAAGCACGUAAGCUGAGGUUUCAAGAUCUUUUGAGCUCAGGGCCGUGGAGUACUGCCUGCCUUUCUUCUCUUGAGUAGCACCUCUCUUGAAGUGAUGUAUUUUUCACUUGACAAAGUUAGAUUUCACAGCCGCUUUGCUGCCACGGUUCCUGUUUGCACAGUAACACCUGUGUGUGUGACAGGCCAAGGCGAGUGGUGGCUGGUUCUCAUUUAGCUCCUUCCUCAGGUGCAUUUUCUUGCCUAACCAAACAAGCAGCCCAUCUCUACCCCAUUCUAAUAGUGCUCAUAGACUGAUCUGUUUUUGUAGCUGCUUUGCUGUAGCCAGGUCAAAAGUCGACAGCUUAUGCAAUGGAUAUCUAUACAUUUUAGACUUGACAAAAUGUCUCUUAAAAAAAAAAUAUAUAUAUAUAUAUAUAUGUAUUUGUGAAUAUAGCUAAUGAUUUUUCUUUGUGCUGCUGGGAUUUAAAGUGCAAUUCAAGUAAGUCAGAAUUUAAAACAAUCAGGGACUUGUAAGAGCUACGACUCGUUAGUCGUUUUCUUUUCCCCGUGGAGGUGGAUGUGAGAGCACCAGGGAUACAGGUCGCUACAUGCCGUGCCUAACGUACUGAGCCCCCCAGAUAGCAAGAUUUUCAGCAGUUUUAGCCCCCAAAGACUGGAAAAGGUACCGGACAAUAAAAUAGGUAAGCUGAAACUUGAAUAUUUGCUGAUGGAUGGUGGGUUCUUACCAUCCCUUCCUUGGAGGCCCUGGGAAGCGGGCAGUGGUUUUGCCAGUGCUCCGGCUUGUAGCUUUUUUUUUUUCUUUUUUUUUGCCAGUUUUAAAUGGUGCAUUUCAGUUGCUUCCGAUGCGCCUCUGGCUGCAGUCAUCUUCAGUCAGUGUUUUGGUAUCGUUCCCCUUGUUGCUACAGCAGCCCAGCAUGUCUGGCUUUUGAAAACGUUCUUAAACUGAGACACAAGUGUGCGGAGGAAAGUUGCUCAUUCCAUCUUCCCUGCAGGGUCUAGGGCCCUGCCGGCAUUGUUCCUCUGUCUCGCCAUCUCCUUGCCAAGGAGGGCCGAUGGUGUGCUUCUGAAUGCAGGUACUUAAUAGGAACAGUGGGAUCACGGGGAAAAGAAGCAAAAUAUCAACUUGACUGGGAGCAAUUUCUACAGUUGCCAGUUCUUUUAUGUUUGUUAUUCUUUAAUAAGAGGUGAGACUUGAGGAAGUCGGUAAUGAAUAUUUAAACGUACUCUGAAGUGGCCAGAUGCAGUUUUUCAUGGGCUUCUGUCCUGGUCAUUUUGAGUCUUUGAAAUCUUGUGUUGAAUUAUAAUGGGAGUAGGGGGGAGGGAGAGGAAAACCAGCUCCUUUUUGUUUCUUACCCUUGUUGGCAAUAAUGAAUGGAAGGAAUUUAAUCCAAUGAAAGUAAUGAAACUUAAUCCCCACACUGUGUCUUUGUUAACUAGUUCAAAGAACUAUUUUUAAUGCAUCUUAUUCACGCCAGGCAGAUGAAUUUCUGCCAUCGCCACCCCCCAGCUGAAGAUACUUCAAGUAGACUACUUCAGAAUGCACACUAAUGCAGCAGUAACUCUAUCUGGGAAGCUUCCAUUGAUUAUUUCAUUUGCCUGCCUGACUAGAGAAUUGGUCUUUUACUGACCUGAGCGUUAAGGCGAGAGAGGGUUCUCAUCAAGCCCUCUGGUUGAAUUUUUAUCGUGAGCGUUUGUUUCAGGAAGCCUUAAAGUGCCUUAUGUUUUUUUAAGAUGUAUUUUGCUAAAAACGUCUGGAUGUAGAAUAUCUCUAACAUUAUUUCAUUACGAGCUGUAAAACAAACUGUAAACACUAAAGCAAAAAUGUUAUUUCUA